CAUUCUUGACGUUCUUUCGUUACGCUUCAAUUCGACAUAUGUUUGUAAAUUAUUACUGAUUAUCGUCGUUCGAUCUAAAAUUAAUUUCGCUAAGUUCAUCGAGAUCAAGGUCGAUAUCACGUUUUACAACUUUUUAUAAAUUUAUCGCGGACGUAUAUAUCAUACGUAAUCGGAGUCUGCGCACUGCGAAUAAAUCAAGUAUCGAGUCCGUCAACAAAAAUUAACAGUUCGCUCAAAACAUAUUUUUCCCUAUUUUUUUUAGUAACAACGUUCGUACUUUUUAUAAUCUCCAUGAGACGCUCGUAUCGUUUAAGGAAUCCUCGUUUUAUCUCGUCGUGCGUUCUCUUUUCGAAUUAAAUGACAAACCGAUCUCGAAGUAUCACGAAACUAGGUCAAUUGUCUAAACUUUUUCAUAACGAGAUUUGUGAAAUCAAAUAUAUAUAUAUAUAUUAUUUUUGUUGCUCGCAUACCUACAUGAAAAUGAAUAAUCGUUGAAGUAACUCUUCGUAAAACUAUCGACGGAAUUUCUUGAAUUUUCAAUCGACGUACGCUACUCCGAAAAGAAAGCGAAAAUAAGUCAUCGAGAGGACAGGAAAGCUUGACAGGCAUGGAUCUUUUAAGUCUGACAUUUCGAGCUCUGGAUAUGACAGACUCGGAAACGAAACGAGAUGAUUUUCUGAGCGUUACCAGAGAGCAAACUUACGAAACAACUUCUAACGUUACGUCGAAGGAAAAAGCGAGAAAAUCGAAACGAAACGAGGAAGGAUCGAGAUUCGGUGAACUUAGAUGCAUUAGUAUGGAUGAAGUAGCCUGGCACGAUACGCCGAAUAAUUGUUGGGUUAUAAUUUACGAUUACGUUUACGAUUGUACCGAGCUAUUGAAGACCCAUCCGGGUGGACAAGACGUUCUUCUUGAAUACGCUGGAAGGGAUGCCACCCUUAGUUUCAUUGGCGCUGGACAUUCGAAAUUCGCGCAAGAUAUUCUCAAAGAAUAUCUCAUCGGUGAACUUCCACUUAAACAGAGAAUCUUUCGUGUACCCGAUGGCGUCAAAGUUGUUGGACUUUAAAUUAUUAUACUUUAAUUAUUAAUUUCGUCGAUUUCGUUCGUUAUGACGAUUCUUUUUUGCUUGCUUCUUUUAUUUUUAUUUUAUUUUUUUUUUUUUAUAC